UGAAAGCAGGACACGCUUGCGCGGCUGAGCGAGGCACUUUUUCAACACACAUUUUUACUCUCUGCUUUCAGGGAAUUACAAAUCUGGGAUCUCCAAUGAAGCAUCAUCUCCUCCCGUUAAAUAAUAAUCCGUGAGAUUCAGUUGUUUUCAGCCAUGAGCUGCUUGGAUGUUAUGUAUCAAGUAUAUGGUCCACCACAGCCGUAUUUUGCAGCAGCAUAUAGUCCAUAUCAUCACCAGAAACUAGCGUUUUAUUCAAAAAUGCAAGAAGCGCAAGACAGCGUCAGCGCCAGCAGCUCGUUCUCGAGCCACUCCGGGCCCACGAUAAAGGAGGAAGGGGACUGCGCGCGCGAGAAGGAUCACCCGCCGGAGGCGGAGUACAUCAGCUCGCGCUGCGUGCUCUUCACCUACUUCCAGGGCGACAUCAGCUCGGUGGUGGACGAGCACUUCAGCCGCGCACUCAGCCAGCCCAGCAGCUACGUGCCGAGCUCCGCCGGCAACAAGUCCACACGAGGUACUUCCUCCUCUUGGAGAGAUGGAUCAUUCCCCAUGAGCCAGCGGAGUUUCCCGCCCUCGUUCUGGAACAGCGCGUACCAGCCCUCCGUCACUGCCUCCCUUAGCAGCAGCCUCAGCAGCGCUCUGGGGGCCCCCCACACUGAGCUCCCCUUCCCUGCGGACCCCUACUCCACCGCCUCCCUGCACGGCCACCUCCACCAGGCGCCCCCCGAGGCCUGGCACCCCGCGCACCACCACCACCACCACCCGUACUCGCUGGGCGGGGCCAUCGGCACCCAGGGCUCCGCCUACCCGCGGCCCGGCGUGCACGAGGUCUACGGCACGCACUUCGACCCCCGCUACAGCUCGCUGCUGGUGCCAUCGGUGCGCCCGCACCGGCUCACGCCCGCCGCCGUCCCCGCGCCGGGCACCUCUCAGUGUGACAUCAGCAAGAGCGAGCCCGCCAGCUCCGCCUGGACGGGGGCCUUUGCCGGGACAGGCUCCGACAUGGGCCAAGGCCUCAGCCUCAAUGUGGACGCAGGUCUGCAGGCCCAGGAUAAGAGCAAGGACUUGUACUGGUUUUAGAGCUCUGGUGCCCCUUCCAGCCUGGGCCGGCCUCUGUGUUUCUCUGCCUUGUAGACAUUGACAAGCCUUUUUCUGUAACAGAUUCUAAUCUCGCUUGCAGCUCGGCGCUACACCCUUUGUGGUGGGACCAUCCUGAGCUGAAAUUUCCACCUCUCUGGACACCCCUCUUCUAAACCCCUCUGGAAAGGAGACGGAUGGGAAGAAAGAGCCGCAGAACUGAGUCUCUCCGGAGCCAGAAAGAGAGACUAAGGGGAGGAGCCUGUGGGACUCAAAGCACAGCUUUUUGGCUGUGUGUGGUGGUGUUACUGAGGGCUGAUUCCUCCACUGAAGUCCAGUUCCUCUGAGUGCUUUUUUUUUUGGCCCUUCUAGACGAAAGCUGGUUAAAAAAAUUUUCUCCCCGCUACCACCCCCAAAAAGACCUCAAAAAUUGUUACGUGAAAUUUUUUAAUAAAGCAGACACAGAGGCCAGC